CUGCCCGACCGGAAGCGGGGAGAACCGCGCCGGCAACGAAGCAGGAAGGCGGUUGCGCGAGCAGUAGCUUCGAGAAACCGUCGCCAUGCCGAGGGGGAGCCGCAGCCGGACGUCCCGCAUGGCGCCGCCCGCCAGCCGUGCGCCACCUAUGAGGUCUGCACCACCACCAGCUGCACACGCCCCGGUUCCAGCCCCCGCUCCGGCUUCCGCAGUGGCUUCUCCUGCCCCUAGGCAGCCUGGCCUUAUGGCCCAGAUGGCCACCACGGCUGCGGGUGUGGCUGUGGGCUCUGCUGUGGGGCAUACUCUGGGGCAUGCCAUGACCGGAGGAUUUGGGGGAGGAAGUUCUGAAGCCGCCAGGCCUGACAUCACUUACCAGGAGCCCCAGGCAGCCCAACCUGCAAUGCAGCAGUCGCAAUACACACCUUGCCAGUAUGAAAUGAAGCAAUUCCUGGAGUGCGCCCAGAAUCAGACCGACCUGAAGCUGUGCGAGGGGUUCAGCGAGGUGCUGAAGCAGUGCCGCUUUGCCAAUGGUUUAGCUUAACUGUGCUGUGCUGGAUGGAGUCCAUUCCAUGACUGAAAGAAGCGUCCGUAUAAACUUCUCUUGAAUGUCUCAAAGCUGUCUAGCAUUUCUUUUAUGGCCACUCAUCUACUCAACAAGAAAACACGGCAAGCUUCCCACAGCAGGAAGGAUUGUGGUGACAGAAUUCUGUCUCUGGUGGUUGGGAAAAUGGGCCUGGAAUUUGGGGGUUGCCUUGCCUCGCCACCUGUGUCCCUGCUUGUGUGCCUCUUGGUAGUGUACCAGCCUCAGAAUAAAAAGUUGAUUUGAUGUCUGGAAA